GGGGUAAAUACUCGGAUUUUAUCUUGUUUCUGGCUGCAAAUCAACUUCAGUCUGUUUUACAAACACGUUUAAACAUGAAAGCCCAGAAACGUGAAGAAAACGAGCUGGUUAACGGUUGCAGCUGAAGUUAGCUGCAGUCUGUGCAUUCUCAUCAUGGUGGACAUCGCUGUGCAGUAUGGUGCUGCGUGGGUCUGUCAGAGUCAAGGAUGCCACCUGGCUGAUGUCCUGCUUCCCGUUCAUGCCAGUAACAAAGAUGAUGACAAGGAGCUCGCUUGGACAGACGGAGAUGCCACAAACUGCUGGGUUCCAGUGCUGCUGGAGCAGACAGAAGAAGGCUCACCAUGUGUGCUGACAGUCUGCUGUAGCUCCACCCCUUCUGAUAGCACCCCCUCUGCCAUCAGCCGCUUACUGGUUGUGAGUGAAGCUCGAACCAUGGAGGUGUAUGACCAAACCGGCAACUACUGCGGGACCGUACGGGGGGUAAGAGAUGACAGCAUCCAGAUGGAGAGUACAGAUAGAGGCCCCUUCUACAGAAAACAGCUGAUCCUCGAGCAUCCGUCCACAUCCUGUGACCUGAAGCUCCUCUCUCUGGCUGGUAGAAGCAGUGUUGUGGUUGGUCGGGUCGUUGUGGGUCUUCAGACACUGCAGCCACGUCCGGUCUGUGGUGCCAGCAUCAACAUGCAGCAGGUGCAGAGUCUGGUUGAUGAGAUGGGAACCAGCCUGUCACCAGGAGCCCAGAACCUCAUGGACAUGGUGCACUUCCAACAGAAGAACCAGACCGGAUCUCUGGGCAACUUUUUGCCACUCCUGGUGGGAGGUGGACCUUUCUGUGCACGGACUCAAGGAGUCGGUGUUUCCCCAUCAGACAUACAGAACGAUGUGCACGCUGCAGACUCCAGGCUCGGGUCAGGCACGCCUACAAAUGGUGCUCAGCCAGCACAGACCGGAGUGACACCAGAUGGGUCCAACCAUACAGCAAGCUGCAAGAGUGGCGACCCAAUGAGCCACGCCCACUUGGUAGAGAUGAUUUCACACCUUCUGAAAGGGCAAGGGCGUGACCAGGCACUAUGCCCCUCUCCCGAAAUUCUGCCUAUGCUUCAGAGCGUCUGCGGUCAGGUGACAAAGCUGAGAAUUGAUGACGCUGCAACGGCAAAUGGCACAUGGGAGCUUGAUGCAGCCAUGGAGCGGCAUCUGGACGAGAUGGAGAGGAGGCUGAAGGAGCACAUCGACCGCCGGCUGGACGCUCUGGAGCAGCAUUUGGAGAAAGCGUUGCUCAGAGUCCUGCUGGCUUCGCCCCACCAGGAAACCACCAGCAGCUUGGCAGUCAGAGUAGCACCCAAAGAACCCGCAGAGCAGAUCCAGAUGGGACCGGCAGAGACCCUCAACAGCUCUGAACCGCGAACAGACUAACGUGUUACCCAGAGGCCCUGUCAGACUGGAGGCGGAGCAAAAAGAGGUGUGGACAAAA